CGGCGCACGGGGCGGCGCCGUUCUGUUGUUCGCCAUACUGGCAGAGGAGCGCAGAGCAACUAACGCACUUACAGCAAAGGCACCUGCAAUACAACUGCAUUUAAUUUUAAGACAUGGCUGAGGAUGACUUGACUCCGGAGCAGAUAGCAGCCAUUGCAGCCGAAAAUGAUGAGCCAGAGUCAGUGAACUACAAAGCACCAGCGCAGAAAACCCUGGCAGAGAUUCAGGAGCUGGAUAAGGAUGACGAGAGCUUACGCAAAUAUAAGGAAGCCCUGCUUGGUGCAUCGGUUACUGAAUCUGAUCCCUCUGUUCCCAAUGUCCAAGUGACCCGAAUGUCUCUGGUGUGUGAAGGCGCCCCAAACCCCCUGGUCCUCGACCUGCAAGCAGACCUUGACGGCAUCAAGAACCAGACCUUUGUGCUGAAGGAGGGCGUCGAAUACAAAAUAAAAAUCAGCUUUAAGGUGAACAGGGAGAUCGUUUCAGGUCUGAAGUAUGUCCAGAAUACAUUCAGGAAAGGAAUUAAGAUUGACAAAUCAGAAUACAUGGUGGGGAGCUACGGGCCACGUCCCACCGAAUACGAUUUCCUGACAUCGACUGAGGAAGCCCCCAAAGGUGUGAUGGCCCGCGGACACUACAACAUUAAAUCCAAGUUCACCGACGACGACAAGCACGACCACCUGUCCUGGGAGUGGAACCUCCACAUCAAGAAAGACUGGAAAGACUAAAAAAAAAAAGAAGAGAGGCCUUUGUGUUUGGGUGGGGGCUGUAGGAGGGGAACGGAGUCCCCGGUCCCCCACCCCCCAUGUGCGUUCUUCAUCCUCAUCCCCCCUCCCCUCUGCAUCCACCAUUUCUGCCUUGUUUGUUUUUUUAACUGUUGUGCAUUUUACGCUGUCAUGCCUUAGUCCCCGCCCCGUUGUACUUCACACUCCAGCAUCCUCCUGACCACUCAGUCAGUAGUUGUAGCAGCAGUAGCAGCCCACCCCCCCCCGCCCGCAUCUGUCCGUCCAUCCUUCACCUCCCUCGGUUGCACAAGAGGCGCCUCUGUCCACCAAACCUGCCAUGUUCACUACUUGACUCCACAAACGCCGUCACUACUGAGCUGUGCCAUGUAGCACAUUAACUCCCUCACACACACCUUUUGUUUUGUUUUUUUUUCGGUCUUGUUUUCUUUUUUUUUUCUUUUUUUUUUUUUUUUUGCUGCUUGAAGAGAUUAAACCCCCGCCUUCCACCUCUCCAGAAUGGCGUCUUCCUCUCUCAGUAUGAAGUACAUGUGGAAAAGCAACUGUACAAUCAACUUUAGUUUGCCUUUUUUUAUAUAAUCGUAUCAGUGGUUGUGUAACGUGACUGUAUUCACAUCACUGUUCAGCUGUUGUUGUUCAUAGCAGACCCCACCACAUCCACACCCACCUCCACCUCCCCUCCACACACCCCUCCACUCUAUAGUUAUCUUUAGCAUUUCUUUACUCGCCUACUUUCUCGCUGUCUUUUGAUAUAAUUACCGAUACCUGCCUUGUAAAACAAAAAACUAUCAAUUCUGAGCUGCUCUUGGGCGCCUCCGUCCUUUCCCCGAAAUGUGUUCACCCACUUCCCUUCAAAUGGGAUUGGGGCCAAAGUAAACAAGGUAGUAAAAGUAGAAGGGUGGAAGAAACAAAAAACAAAAGCUGCCUUAGGUAUCGAACUAAACGUGUUCAUGUCUGUCCUGCCCAGAUGUACGAGCGUACGGAGCAGAAUUCACAUGCCUUGUGUACGAAGCCAUUACAGAGUGUGUGUGUGUGUGUGUGUGUGUGUACAGGGCUUACUCUGACUACUGACUGAUACCAACCAUGUGGAGCCCUGGUGUGGUGGAGUUACUCUGAUACAACGCACACACAUACACCCCCCCCCCAAAAAAAAAAAAAAAAGAAUGUUCCCAACUGGAGACUAGAUUCUAAAACCCAGUGGAAAUCAGUAUUGAU